GUAAACUUCACAGAACCAACCUCAACCCUCACCUUAUCCUCUUAUCAAUUCUCUCUUGGUCCCUCCAAAAUGUGCAUAACGAGACCUCACUUGCUAUGAACCUUAGAAAGCAUGGCUCUAAUAACUUCCCUUUUACUCCCCACUCAAUUCAAUUCCAGCAGUAGCUUAGCUAUAACUUGUGCUAUUAACACACCUUCACACACUUAUUUUAAAUUUCCCUUAGGAAACCACACUUUCAACUGCUGCAAGCCAUUAGCAGCAGUUGCUUCUUCAGUUCCAUACCAACCCACCAACAACUUGGACUACCUUGAAAAAGAAGAGUUCAUUGGACAUGAUGGAGUCACCUUUGAAGCAGUUGGCGAUGGCUCCGUCGUUGCCAAGAUGGAACUGAAAAACGGAAGCGUUGUGAGCAUGUUGCUGCCCAGUGGGGUGAUCACCUCCUACAAGGCUCCCAUGUGGCAUGGCGGCACGGUGGAGCUGCUGCACACUGCGGUGUCAGAGGGAGAUCAUGGUGCUGCCCUCAUUCAAGGAGGGGUCUCUUCAAACUUCACUUUCACAACUGAUGACUGCCAAGUUUCUUUCUCUCCAACUCAUUGGGUUCUCAGCAAAAUUAAAAGCCACCCUGAGGAAUCCAUUAAGAUAGAAUUACUUAAUAAAUCAUCAGAGGACAAGAUUGGAAUUAAGUACAUUGUAACUUUAGAAGAAGAUGGGUUGCAGUCAGAGUUUGAAGUCCAAAACUCAAUGCAUUCACCCCUUCAGAUAACAGGGUCCAUCCUGAGCCAUCUGACAGUGAGUUCACCAGAAGCAACCUAUGCAGUUGGAUUAGAAAGAUCAAAUUACUGGAGGAGGCCCCUUUUGGAAUCAGAAUUUAUUUUGAGUCCUCCUCCGGAUUCUAAUUACCAAGAAGGGUUUGGAAAAAUAUGGAACAUACCAGCACUUCAGCAACUAAUUCCUCAUUGGGGUGCAACAAAAGAUCAGAACAAAGAAGAUAUGAGUGGUGAAGAAGAUGAUGGGUAUAAGAAUUUACGAGACAAGAUUAGUCUCAUUUACACAGAUGCCCCUCGUAGUAUUACAGUUAUAGAUAGGGGUAGAAGAAACUCAUUGUCAAUUGGAAGAAUCGGAUUGGACGAGAUGUACCUGUUCAGUCCUGGCUCAAAAGUUGAAAUUUACAGCAAGUAUUCUUACAUAUUGGUUGGCCAAACUGCCAUUUUCAAACCAAUAGUAGUAAAUCCUCAAGAUGUUUGGAACGGAGGGCAAUACAUACACAAUCCAAAUCUAUAAUAUGAUGAUUAAGCUAAGUUUAUAUUACAAUUAAUAGAAAAUUAUGAUUCAUGUUUGCAAUUUUGGUUUCUCUUUUGAAUUUUUAUUUCCAUUCGAUAUUUGUAUAUAAAAUAUUUUCUUUGACUUAAUUAUUAAAGUAUUAUACUAAUUCUAAACCAUA